GACUGGUUACAGCUCUUGUCGCUCGAAAGAACCCAUUGCUGGGGCUGGCCGGCGUGUGCCUUGGAGCCUCUAAGGAGAUGAAACUGCACUCAACCAGGAUGAGAGGCUGCCCGGCCAAUGCAGCUGCCGCCUCGUCUGCUGCGGAGGCUUUGCUUUUUGACUCCCUGGCGACACUAAAGUUGAAGAGCUUCCGGCCGGAGGCCAUUAGAUGGGACACCCGGAAGGCGGAAGUUCUAGGGCGGAAGUGGCCGAGAGGAGAGGAGAAUGGCGGCGGAAGGCUGGAUUUGGCGUUGGGGCUGGGGCCGGCGGUGCCUGGGAAGGCCUGGGCUUCCCGGCCCCGGCCCUGGCCCCACUACACCUCUCUUUCUUCUUUUGUUGUUGGGGUCUGUGACUGCGGAUAUAACUGACGGCAACAGUGAACAUCUCAAGCGGGAGCAUUCGCUCAUUAAGCCCUACCAAGGGGUCGGUUCCAGCUCUAUGCCCCUCUGGGACUUCCAGGGCAGCACUAUGCUCACGAGCCAGUACGUACGUCUGACCCCUGACGAGCGCAGCAAAGAGGGCUCUAUCUGGAACCACCAGCCCUGCUUCCUCAAAGACUGGGAAAUGCACGUCCACUUCAAAGUCCACGGCACAGGGAAGAAGAACCUCCAUGGAGACGGCAUCGCCUUGUGGUACACCCGGGACCGCCUCGUGCCAGGGCCUGUGUUUGGAAGCAAAGAUAAUUUCCACGGCUUAGCCAUCUUCCUGGACACCUACCCCAAUGAUGAGACCACUGAGCGCGUGUUCCCGUACAUCUCGGUGAUGGUGAACAAUGGCUCCCUGUCCUACGACCACAGCAAGGAUGGGCGCUGGACCGAGCUGGCGGGCUGCACGGCUGACUUCCGCAACCGUGAUCACGACACCUUCCUGGCUGUGCGCUACUCCCGGGGCCGUCUGACGGUGAUGACCGACCUGGAGGACAAGAACGAGUGGAAGAACUGCAUUGACAUCACGGGAGUGCGCCUGCCCACCGGCUACUACUUCGGGGCCUCCGCCGGCACCGGCGACCUGUCUGACAAUCAUGACAUCAUCUCCAUGAAGCUGUUCCAGCUGAUGGUGGAGCACACGCCCGACGAGGAGAGCAUCGACUGGACCAAGAUCGAGCCCAGCGUCAACUUCCUCAAGUCGCCCAAAGCUCCCCCGUUUCUUCUCCCCCAGACAACGUGGACGACCCCACGGGGAACUUCCGCAGCGGGCCCCUGACGGGGUGGCGGGUGUUCCUGCUGCUGCUGUGCGCUCUCCUGGGCAUCGUUGUCUGCGCCGUGGUGGGGGCCGUGGUGUUCCAGAAGCGGCAGGAGCGGAACAAGCGCUUCUACUGAGCGGCGCCUCCGGCGGGGCCUGUCCCUGGGCCCAGGAGCCAAUGUGAACUUUUUUUUUUUACCGGGAUUAUAAAAGAACAACAAGAUGACCUUAUUUCUUAACUGUUUCAAAUAAAUGAUUAAAGUAUUUUCAUACAUUUUGCUUCUUGCCCAGCAGGGACAGGUGGCAGAGCCGAGGCUUAGGGUCUGGCACCCCCCACAGCUGGAGACAGAGGCUCUCCUGGGGCUGGUGUCUCAGGAGCAGGGGUCUGUGCCUACAGAUGGGCUGUGGCCCUUGCAGGCAGCUGUUGAACACUGGAGGGUCCCCCAGACCACACUGGGGUGGGCUCCUGAGGACGUGGGGAAGUGAUUUUGUUUUGUGGUGUGUGGCACGUGUGGCGACAGAUAAGGCCUGAACUGGGAAACCCAGGUCUUCCUGUUCACCCUGAGCUGCUUCCUGAGACAGAUGCUCAAGUGAGGCUGCAGGCGCGGUGUGGUGGGGCCGAGUGUGACCGUUUGCUAAAUAAAGUGAAAUACCCAACCUCA